CCACCCCUCUUCCUAGCCGUCACGACUCGCCGCUACCUACAGGAACCUCCACCAAAAAAAAAAAAAAAAACCACUCUUCAAACCUCAAUAUGACGACCCCCAUAGGCGAAACCUCCCUCCAAACACUCCUCUCAACCCUAAACAUCGUCCUCCACCCAGAAACCUACGUCUUCGUCACCCUUCCCGCAGAUGCAACACUACCGCCCCUCUCCGAGAUUCAACUUCUAUUCCGAGAGUCCGAGGGUGUCACAAUCAUCACUUCUCUCGAUACCGCAACUGCUCACGGAUGGGACUAUGCGUUCCCCUCAAAGAUGAUAACGCUCAAUGUGCACUCGAGCCUCGAGGCUGUGGGGUUCAUGGCUGCUAUCGCGACAAGGCUGGCGGCCAAAGGGAUGGGGGUCAAUCCUGUCAGCGGGUAUUAUCAUGAUCAUUUGUUUGUUCCCCUUGGGAGGGAGGAGGAGGCGGUGGAAGAGUUGAGGAAGCUUGCCCUGGAAAGUCAGAGGGGAUCUGAGAUCUAGCGGUUGUCAAGAGUCGAAGUAAUAGUCGUGAAGGUUGGCAAGCAGUUUUCAACCCCCCUUGAACAGUUGCAAGCAGCGU